GCGUCAACAUUGUGAUGACAUUUACUAUAUAUAUGCUUUAGCUCAGGUGUUUCAAACUCAAAAUGGACCACAUACCUGAGACACAGGUAAUCUCUGAGAGCAUGGAGCAGAAUAACAACAACUCAAGAAAUGUCAGCCGCAAACGGUUGGUCAGAAAAAGGUCAUUCCUUGAUGCCCUUAGAGAGAAAUACUGUGUAAAUAUGAACGAUGAUAAUUAUGAGUUCGUGCACAUUGUGAUCACGGGUAAACCACGCAACAAUGGAACGGACGCGGAACUCGCACAUUUAAGAAAUGUCGUGUUAGACCGACAAAACAUAUCCCAUGCUGGACUUCCACAGGAGGGACUCACUUCCAUCUGCCCUAAUGUGGUUGACCUUGACCUUGCAUGUAACAACAUUGACAACUGGCCAGAAAUACUGCAGAUAAUUUCAAAACUUCCCAAGCUCAAGUUUCUCAAUCUCAGUGGCAACAAACUCAUGAGAGAUGAGGAAUUGCUUCGUGACUGGCCUCAGCAACUACCAGGCGUGGAGAACCUAGUUUUGAACAAGACUGCCAUCACCUGGCCGGAGGUGGAGACACUAGCACAACGACUGCCUACUUUGAGAGAACUGCAUGUCUGUGGGAAUGAUUUUGAUGACCUUGAAUGCGAGUGGAAGCACUUUUCGAAAGUGGAAUGUUUACGACUCAACAACAAUGCUAUCAAGAGCUGGUCAGAAGUGUGGAAACUACGUGACCUCCAAAAUCUAAAAAACCUCAUACUCUCUGGCAACCCUUUACAGGAUGUUCAUUAUGAUCCCAGUUGUCAAGGCAACCUUCCAUGUGACCUCAAGCCAAAAAUAACCUCUGUGCAAGACUGCAAUGCCAUCAUUGAUGCCCUUGUGUCAGAAGCUUGUCAGUCUGGAGAUAACUCCGUGAAUGAGAAAUGCUGGAGCAUUGUUGAUGAGCUGUUCAAUGAGGCUUGUUAUAUAGCUUGUGACUCAUGCAACCCUAAGACAAAUGAAAGCAAUACUUCAGAUACUUUCCAACCAAAGAAAAGUUGCAUACCAGAAAAUUCUGUAAAACCCAAUGCCAAAUCAGAUCAAGUGAAGGGGACAACUCUGAGACUCCUGAUUUUCCAGCAGCUGCACACAUUGUGUUUGAGCAAGACUAGCAUCAGCGACUGGGAGCACCUGCAGGCAUUGUCUCAGUUCCCUUCCCUUUCAUCAGUGAGGCUCACGGGGAUCCCACUUGUUGCACAGAUGGAGCAGGACGACCGAUGGAUGUUGUACAUAGCUAGCUUACCGAACAUCAAGCUUCUGAACGGCAGCGAUAUCACGAACACAGAGAGAGAGAAGUCAGAGCGGUUCUUCCUACGACACUUUCUUAACACUGCUGAGAGCGAUCGGCCAGCAAGAUUUGCUGAACUGGAAAGGAAACAUGGCAAACUGACACAGAUAGUUGACAUUGACCUGGGUGCAAGGUACGAGGAAAGGCCAACCUUGACCUUCAUCCUCUGUGGGAAAGUGGCAUUUAAGGAAAAGAUCCAUGUUGUGGGACCUGUAGGGAAGCUGCGCAAGUUUGUGGCCGACAAGUUGGGUGUGCACAAGCGUCAGUUCCGGAUGUUCCACCAGUCCAUGGUCCGGACAUGCAUCGGAGAACUCCCCGACUUGGAGGAACUGUUCCUGGACUCACUUCCAAUGAGCAGAUUUGACUUCUUGACCGGUGAUGAGAUCCAUAUUGAUCUAUUCUCAUACCAAUAACAAGAUGGAGUCACACAAUAUUUGACUCAGUUUCAAGUUAGAUACAGUUAUCAGAACGUUUUAAGAACUGACUUCAGUGUUUAUGCUGUUAUGAAGGGAUAAAUUUGAAAAAAGGACUGCAAACUGUUUAAAUCCAUUAAGAGGCACAUGCAGAGUGUGCACACUGGUUGUUACAUUAAUACCUUCAUAAAUGCAAAUACAUUUGAAGGAAAGUAUGAUACAUAAAUGUGUCCGACUACGCAUAACUCCACAACAUGCCAACUGAGUGCUGAAAACCACAAAACUGUAGACAACCCCAAGGAAUCAGUGACACUGUUGAGCACAAUAAUGCAACUCAAGAACCUCGUACUCUAUUUUCAUAUUAUGAGAAAACAGUAGUUUCUUAGUGGGCAUGGCUUAAUGUCUUUUGGGUUUAUGUGCAAACAAUUUUGCUUAGUUAGCCAUUGAAAUGAAUCAGGAUUGCAAUUUAUUCAUAAAAAAGCCUAAAAAUGUAGUCAGAAUAUUUAUUACAAGAUCGUUAAAUGUAUGUCGGAAAUUUUUUGUACUCUUGCAACCUCUAAAAGGUUAGCCAAGGCAUUCCGAAUGAUAGUUACAAACUAUGGUGAGCAUGAAGAUAUGAUUUCUGUCAGAUUGUGUAUAUCGUUGACAUGGGUGUAUAACAAACACUCCUGUUAAGUAGUGUGUUAAAGAAGACAGUUUUGUCAUGCAGAUUUGCAUCCAAAUCCACACAUGAAAUACAAUUUCACAAAGAAGUUUAGUAAAUUAUUUAAGAGAUGUCUGAAAUAUAUUCCUGUUUGUUCCAGCUGAUUAACUGCAUUAAUUUGAUUAAUUCAAUUUACUUUUAAGUUCAUUGACAUGACAUUGAACUGAUAAUGUUUUUGAUUUUUAAAAAAUGCAACAUUACAGCCAUACCUUACAGUAGUGUGAUGAAACAGCAAAAAUAAUUGGUUGGAUCAUCAUAGAUAUAUAUAUAUGUAUAUUUAUUAAUAUAACCUAUAACAGCAAAAAUUAUAAUGUGAAUGGAACUAUGCAUUAUGAAUAUAUCAUAAUAUCCUAUGUUUAUCUCCCUCCAUACUAUGCAAAGGGGUGAAAUGACAUCACUGAUUCAAUGCAUUGUGGUACAGGGUAUGUUUUUUCUGUAUCUAUAUGUAGUGAUACACUUGCUUGAAUAAAUAAUAUGCAACAGUUGUAAUGACCACUCCAGUGCUUUUGUCAGUCAAAUAUUUUGAAAAUGUGUUAUAAAACAUGGUUCUUGACGAACCCUUUCCUUUUGAACGUGUUCUGAAAUAUUAACUAUCAAAAAGAAGUCUCCACAAUUUGACGUAAAUAUGCAUAUUGUGAUAUGCACUGUAUCGUAUCAUGACUUAUGUAUUAUUAUACUUAUCAUAUCUGGCUGUAUCAUUUCACCCCUAAUUAUGCAUGGAACUGUGUGUGAUAAUACUACUCACAUCAGCGUCUGUGUACAUACUUAAUGAGUAUAUAUGCUAUAAAUGAACAAAUACCCCAUAUUUCACAUACUCAAAAGUAAACCUCUAUGCAUCCUUUAUUUGAUGCAUUUUCAUUUUAUAACUCUGGUGUUUUUGAACAUGGGGGAACCCCAACAAUUUUAGGAGGAGUUUAUAUACCUUACUUCAGCUCAGGUGUAAUUUGUUAGAUUUGUGGGAAUACAAUGGAAGGAGUUACUUUGUAUCGGUUUAUCAGUUGUGCUUACUGGAUGAGAGGCUUCACAAAGUAACUUCUUUCAGUGUGCCAUUUUUUGCAGCAACAGCGAUAGCCUUGACGCUUUGAGGAAAAUUAUGUAUGCCAGAAUUUUAUUGCAGAUUUCUUCUCCUUUCUUAUUGUUUAAGGCUAAGAAUAUCAUAGUUCACAAUUCACAUCAGCUAUUAUAAAAAUAAAAACCCUGCAUGAAAGUAUUGCUAUUUUCUGUAGAUUUGUAACUUUCAUUUCUUGGUGUGUUUGUUAUGUAUUUGUCAAUAGGUAUGAGAUAAAGUGCUAUCAUCUCACAUUCGCAGUUAAUACUUGAAGAAAGGUUUCAACAAAUGUACAAAUGGAAAGAUGUUAAAAUUAAGAAUGUUUUCAGUCAGUUCUCUAUAAAAAUGUUUUUGUUAAUUUCUUUUAAUUAUGAACAGGGCAGGCAUUUUCUUUUAAGGAGAAAAUAUUUCACUUUUAAGAAUCCACAGCAGAAUUGCCUUGUUUGCUUUUCAGUCUAUAGGAUACAGACACUAUUUUUGUUUAUUAUUACUACUUGUGUGAUAACUUUGUUAUUAACAUUAUAAUAUUCAUUAUUUUGCUAUUUAAUUCAUCCCCAUGCUACCAUAUAAUAGUGUCAUGUUUGUAGCAUAGUUAAGAAUCAGAAUUGUAAUAUAUGAGCAUAUUUUGGUGGUUGUCUUCUGAAUGUGAGUCAGAGUUCUUUAGUCAUGUGUAUCACAUGUUGUGUAUCAACUGAAUGUGUAUAUUUAAGUUAUAGAUGUGUUGUCAGAUAUUUUCUGUUAGCACGCCAAGCCAA